UAUACAAUUAUAUAUGAUUAUAUAAACAUUUUUUCUCGGGUAGUGGGUGAAAAACACAUUUUUGAGAAAGAUAUUAGCUUGACAAGGAAAUAAUAUCUUUUGCGGGAUGUCGAGUGACAAGGAGAACGAUAAGAGAAAGCGAGACGGAUCUAUCGGCGACCACGAUGAUUUUCCCUCUCCUAAGCGUGUACAGUACGACGAGAUGCGCAAGCAAAUGAGAGCAUUACAGGGACAAAUGCAACACCUAGUGAAUUUGCAUUUUCAGAGGGACGAGGACACACAAUCGACCGCGGAAGAACAGGAAGAACCUCCACUAAGUGACAUCCUAGAUCUGGGUAAACACAAGGCUGAGGUUAACGCCAAGAAGAAGAAGUAUAUGUGCAAGAAAAUCAUCUCACCAAAAAGACAUGAUCCACAUCGUCAUCAAUAGAAAAUUAUUAAAUCCUCUUCGUUAUAAUCCGAAAAGUAAACACUUCGAAAAAUUGAGAACAGUAGAUAAUAUAGAAACUUUUCUUUGUUGAGUAAAAUAAUCAGUAGGUACUGAAGAAAUCAUUAUUUAACAGUUAUUAAGAUCGCGCUCUUAUUUAAAGGUAUUUUGUGUUUUGGUAUAGAAUAGAAUUGUUAUUUAGUUAAUAAAAUUAAAAAUAAAGAAUGGCAUUUCGACAUACAUGGAGAUUGUUAUCGAAAAAUAUUAUUCCAGCUAUGUCCGUAGGAAUAGUGUUCGCACGUUCUGACGAAAAAAAAGAUACAGAGGAUGAAAAGAUAGUUAAAGUUCAAAUGCCUAAUUUUGAUAAAUUAAAUUAUGAUUUUAUGAUUAAACAAUCGGCUGUUGAAGUUGUAAAUAGUGCUUCCCAAGCUCUAACAAUAGCUUACACCGCUAUUGAAAGCACAAGCCGGGAAUACAGAUUAUUAUUAUCAAAAUUAAUGAGUCUUAUAGAAGAAACUUUAAUUUAUGAAGUGUCUGAUGAACAUCAGGAUUUGAUAAUUGCUGUUAGAUUAGAUGUUAAUAGCAAGAAAAAAAUUUUAAACGAUUUAUUAAUAUACAUGGAUUAUGUACAAAGAAUGGUUGAAGCAGCAUCAGUAGUGAGUAAUUCAGCAGGAAUGGAAAACUUAGCGAUGACUCUGUGUGAAAGAAUGGAUGAUGCUCUUAAACACAAAGACCGAGAAAUUCGCGAUAACAACCUCUUAGAGAAAGAGUAUAAUAAUUUACAAGAGAAAUGUGUUACCGAAAGGCAAGACAAUAAUUUGUAA